UAAAUGAAUCUGGUGCGUCUGGCCGGACUGGAGCACGUGCUUCACUUCACGGCGCUGGAGGGAAAGAUCUACAUGCGCAGCUACAGAGUGUUGCUGAAGAAGUCCGGCUGCCGGACGCCCCGGAUCGAGCUGGAGAAAAUGGGACCUUCCUUUGACUUUGUCAUGAGGAGAAGUCACAUGGCCUCAGACGACCUGUACAGAUCCGCUCACAAAAAGCCUAAAGGAGUGAAGCCCAAGAAGAAGAAGAACAUUUCCCAUGAUGCCUUCGGCACCAGGUUUGGCCGCUUACACAUGCAGAAGCAGGACCUGAACAAACUACAGACACGCAAGAUGAAGGGCCUGAGGAAGAGGAGAGGAGCCGGCAGAGAGCGCGUCACCCAAAACACCCCGAACAGAGAGUGACGUCUGACACUGACAGGACUGUGUUUGAUACGAGACUUCAAACGCUUCAGACUUUCUCUACAGACCGUGUUUGUGUAGCAUCAGUCUGCGUCAGACGGUCCAUCCUCCCGCACAAACACAAUCACAUGACCAGCUGCCGCUUCAACAGGAAAUAUAAUGGAAACAGAUUUCUCCGGAUUG